UUCAGCUGCUUAUUGCAUUGGUGUUGUUGAAUAACUGUUAUUUAUUUUAAGGUUAUGUUAUGCGGGGUAUUUUUACUUGUGGCGUUUGUAAUUUAGUUGAUUACCGGUGAAUAUUUUAACGUGGAAUAUUGAGGUAAAUUAUUGUAUCUUUAGACAGUUUAUCUUUUAAAAAUGAGUAAACACAAAAGGACUAAUAAAUCAAGUUCACACCGAAAUCAAAAAACCUUUCACACCAAACACACUCCCUCAAGUAAAGUUUAUACUGAGGAUGAAGAUUUAAGUAAUGUUUGUCACAAAUUAGCAUUAUCAGAUGAUCCUGAUGAUGAAUUUGAAGGUGAUGGCAGAUCAGUACCAUUUCCAGUUGCAAUGUGGGACAUGGAACACUGUGAUCCAAAAAAGUGUUCUGGGAGAAAAACUGGCCCGUCACCACCUCGUUAAAGUUCUUCGUUUGGGACAGCGCUUUUCUGGAAUUGUUCUGACGCCUGUUGGUGAAAAGUGUGUCUCCCCGUCAGAUCAUGACAUUGUGAGAGAUUUUGGGGCUGCAGUGGUCGACUGCUCGUGGGCUCGUAUCGAUGAAACACCUUUUGGCAGAAUGCGAACACCACAUCCCCGUUUGCUUCCUUUCCUGGUAGCGGCCAAUCCAAUAAACUACGGGAAACCCUGCCAGUUGUCUUGUGUCGAGGCUCUUGCAGCAACAUUUUACAUUACUAAUUUCAAGGACGUUUGUGAGCUGUACUUGGCCAAAUUCAAAUGGGGUGAUUCGUUCCUGAACCUGAACAGGGAACUGCUGGACAAGUAUGCCACCUGUGCUAACAGUGCAGAGGUGAUCACUACUCAGAACGAAUAUCUAACACAGGCUCGACAGGAACGACUUGACAGACAUGAUGAAAAGAGUGAUUAUCCUACAUCAUCAAGUGAUGAAGAAGAGGAAGAAGACAAAAGUGAAGCAGAUGACAAUGGUUGUAGCUCUAGAAGAAAUUGUGACAUUUCUGUAAAUAAUAAUAAUGAAAAUAAACUAUGA